AGUAUUGUAUAAUUUAUAAGAAAUCCUUAAUUAAAUUCAAUCAAUUAUAAAUCAGAAGAAUUUUUAAAACAUAAAUAAGUUUGAUAUCUAUGAAUAACAAGAAACUUUUCUUCAUUCUAUAAAUAGAAGUUCAAACGCCUUGAACCUAAAAGCUGUCUCUUUUUCUUAUAUAAUAUUGACUGCUAUGGAUGCAACAACCGACCUGUCCGACCAACGGCCGCUGAGGAAAAGCAGAGGCCGACGAAAGAUUGAGAUCAAGAAAGUGGAGAAAGAAAAUAGGCGAUGUGUUACGUUUUCCAAACGUAAGAGUGGGAUGUUCAAGAAAGCCACCGAAUUAUCUACCUUAUGUGGGGCGGAAGUAGCUGUGAUUCUUUUCUCAGAACACGGGAAAGCGUUUUCUUGUGGCAACCCUAAUAUGGACAAGGUUCUUGAUCGGUAUCUUGCUGAAACAGAAGAGGGUGAAUACAACUCUUGCGUGUUGGAAAGCGGCAGCAAUGGCGAUAUUGUAACUCAGACUUUGCAAAAACAAGAAUACGAGAAAUCUCUUAGACGGUUGGAAGAGAUGAAAAGAGCUUUAAAGAUGGUCGAAAAAAAGAGCAAUAACGUGAAGAAGGGUGAGUUCUGGUGGGAUUUACCGAUGGAUAACAUGGAGAAGGAAGAGCUUGAAGGUUAUAAAGAGUCUCUGGAAGAGUUGAAAAAGAAUGUAAUGGCGAGGAUUGAGGUGAUGGCUGCACAUCAUGCUGCGGGUGAGUCGAGUAUUAUUAACCAGUUUAUUGAUCAUAAUGGAGUUUGGAGUAGUUCUACUGCUUCUUAUGAUGCUGGUUUCAACAAUGGCUUCCUUUAAUUCUUGGAGUGGAGGCUUCUACAAUGGCUUCAUGUAAGGAGUAAUUCUGCUUUAACUUGCUUUAGGUCUCUUCUUAGUUAGGGUUUGGAUAAUGUAUUAGAAUUCCUAUUUGCCUUUUUGACUAAGAAAUCUAAUCGUUUAUAUUAACUUGUGAUUUUAUCAAACAUUUAAGCUUAAAACUACUUAUUAAAAAAAAAUUAGUCAAGGUUAAAAUUUAAUUUAGCAACAAUGAUAUUUGAGUUCUUAAUUUGGGUUAGCCAAAGAAAAUAGCGGCUAUGCUGCUGGAGGAAUCCCGUCUGAAGAUGUAGCAAAGAUGGUUGUAAAAAGUCCGCAGUUAGUUGCAUUGCG